GUCCCGGCCGAGCAGCGGGCAGCCGGCGUGACGGCGACUCGGCGGCAGCUAUGAGACGGCGCAGCAGCGUCGGCUAGCGGAGGGCCAUGGGUUCGCUGCCGAACCUGCACGCCAUCGGCUCGGAGCGGCCGGCGGCCAGCCGCCUGCAGCCCUGGGAUGACUGCAUGCUCGAGCUGUCGGGGUGCCCGUCGCCGCGCGCCUGCCGCCUGCACCGCGCCUCGCUCAGCAGCUCGGGCGCCUCCUCGGUGCGCCGCCUCAUCGCCAGCGUCCGCUCGGCGCCGCCCGCGCUCGGCCCCGGCUACCCCAGGCGCCGCCUGCUGCGCAACCACGCCGCCCUCUGCCUCGUACCUGCCUGCACUAAACGUGAAUAUCCACUCGACUGGUGUCCAGCUACACACCCUUUCGUGCCCUUCUACCUGAUCUCUACCAGCCCACCCUCUGCUGUUACCUACGGCCUUACCGCCCUUACUCCCUACCCUCCAGUCGGUAAUUCCCAUCUGGUGACCCACUCGUUACCCACAUACCUGUUCUUGUCGAUCUACCACGGAUCCACACUGCUGAUAUGUCUGCCCCCACCUACCAUUCAGCUGACCAUCUACCGGCCUCCGCCCAUUCGUGUCACCAGUGUCCGCUGUCCACCUACACAUUCGUUCCCGGUUCCUUCUGCCCCCACCCUCCGUCCGGCCGCCCCCUGCCCAUCAGCAGCCGGACGGGCUCUGAGUGCCGCCUCCGCAGGGCAGGUGUCGUGGUCCGGCGGGCCGGCGCCGCUGCUGGCGCUGUCGGCGUGGUGGCCGGGGGCGGCGCCGGGGCGCGCCCCGCUGCUGGCGGCGGCGCUGUUCGCGGCGGCGGCGCUCUCGUGCGUCGCGGCGCCGCCGCUGGUGCGCCGGCUGGGGGCGGCGCGGCUGCUGCUCGCCGGCCACGCGCUCGCCGCCUGCUUCCUCGCCGCCCACCUGCUGCCCGUGCCCGCCGCCCUCGUGCCCGCCUACCUGCUGCAGGGCGCCGCCGCGGCCGUGCUGCUGGGUUUGGCCGUGGCCGGCGCCGCGCUCUCCGCCGCCUGCCUGGACCGCCUGCCCGCGCCGCCGCCGCCGCCCAGCCGCCCCCGGCCGCCCCCCGCGCCCGCCCCCGCCGCCCCCGCCGCCGACGGCCGCCUGCCCGCCCGCGUGGCGCGAGCGUUCGCCGCUCCGCCACUCGCCCUCUUCGUCGGGCUGGGGCAGGCCUUCAUGAUGGCCGACUUCUCCAGGUGGUACGUGGCGUGCGUGCUGAGCCUGCCCAGCGUGUCACUCUGCUUCGUGGCGCUGGGGGCGCUGCGCUGCGUCGCCAGCCUCACGCUCAACCUGGUGCUGCCCCACAUCUGCCGCCUGCUCGCCGUCGGUGUGGGGGCUGCUUUCCACUCCUGCCUGCUGCUAGUAUUGGUUCUGUGGCAGCCCUCCAGUGAUGACUCAGCCCUGUUCUUUGUCAUUGCUGCUGCCUGGGGAGUGUGCGAUUCUAUCUGGGAAACACUUGCUCUCACGUCGGGGCUGACAUCACAGGGAGACGCCUGGCCGGAGUGGCUGGCCCGCUGGGACAUGUUCCGCUGCCUCGGCCUCGCACUGGCUUUCGUGCUGCACCCUCUGUUGUGUGUCCAAGUGAAGCUCUACAUUCUGGCAGCUACCCUCGUGCUCGGUGUUCCUCCAUAUGCAUGGCUGGAGAUGCAGCAUGACGCCAAGACGACAGGACUGUGAGGACAUCCCUCCCGGGUUCAUUGUUUUUGACUGUGGGACAUCUACAAAACUGGUUUUUCAAAACUAACAGAAACUUCUCAUAUGUGUAUUUCCCAAAGACCUAUUUCACCACUUUUGGUUAAAUUUUUCUGUAUUGCAAAUACCACAAGUUUAUUAUAAAAAGUGUGAUUCCUGGAAAAAUAUUAAUUUAAUAUUUUUAAUCAAGUGAGAAAGAAAAAAUAUGUUGUGUUACAUAAUAAUGUUGGUAUUAUUUACAAGGAAUAUUAAUUGUGCAGAAAAAUUUUUUACUCACGUCUACUAUGUUAAGUAAUUGCUCAUACUGAAAUUUUCAGCACUGACAAGUCCCAUUGCCUUACCAAAUAAGGAUUUAAGUGUGUCAGAAAAUAUUUCUAUUUAAAGUUGUUACUGUAAAAUUUCUCUCAAUGUAUUAAUUUUUU